ACUAAUGAUUUAUAAACAUGACGCCAAUUUUUACCAUGAUCAUUUAAUAAAAUAUGGAAAUGAACGUGUUAGUCAACAAUGUAAAGAAAAUAUUUUUGCUAUUCAAACAUUAAAAGAUUUUCAAUAUGUCGAAGAUCAAAAAGAUCAAGGUUAUAAUGUACGUGAAAAAGCAAAACAAUUAGUUGCAUUACUUAAAGAUGAUGAACGUUUACGUAAUGAACGUCGAAAAGCUCAAGAAGCACGUGAACGUUAUUCACGACAAGCUAUGGGAAUGGAUUCAACUGGUGCUGUUACAUAUGGCCGUCCAACAACUGCAACAUCAGUUCGACGUAAUAGUGCAGAAGGUGGAGAUAGUUUUGGUGCAAUGUCAUAUCCGUAUCCAAAUGCUACUACACAUCGUUCAUCAUCAUUUAAUGAAAAUCUUCAUCAAGCAACAACGAAAGAUUUCGUUCAACCAACUAAUCAAGAAGAAGAACAAUUACAGAUGCAAAUUGCUCUUGCAGAAUCACAACGUGACGCGGAAGAUGAGGAACGUCGUCGUCGUAAUGAUGAUUUAAAACUUAAAAUAGCAUUAGAACGAUCAGUUAAUGAAGCAUCACCAGAUGCAGUUAAUUCUCAAGGUUUUGAUUUCAAUACAAAUUCAAAUAUAUUUGAUUCAAAUCAUCAUAAUGAUCCAUAUUUACCACCAACAACAUCUAAUAUUGGUUGGAAUCCACCGAAUGCGCGUCCAUCAACUCAUCUCGGUUUUACAACUUCUUCAAAUGAUCCAUGGGCACCAGAAACAAAUGGUCGUAGUUCUGCACUCAAUGACCCUUGGCAAACAGGUGCAUCAUCAUCAGAGACACAACCGAAUCCAUGGGGUGAAAAUCAUCAUGGGCAUACUAGUAAUGGUACAGGUCUAUCCGUAAAUAUUGCUGAUCCAUGGGGCCUUAAUUCAAACCAUUCCCAAAAACCAGCAUUAUCAUCAACAACUUCACCUCCAACAACAACUAAUAAAGCAAUUGAUAGUGAAUUAAGUGAAUUUUUUGGAGCAAACGCAACAAUUUCAACAGGAUCAAAUUCUCAACAACAAGCAUCAUCAAAUCCAUGGAAUAUGCCAUCAUCAACAUUUCCAUCAACUUUAAAUAAUCAUAAAACUACAGGUUCUAUUUCUCCACCUAAUACUGGUUUAACUACAGGUGGAAAUAUACUUUAUCCAACAGUUAUUGGUGGAACAAAUUCAAAUUCAAAUAAUCCAAGUCCACUUCCAUCUGCUUUAUCUGCAUCUCGUAAAACUCCUGAAAGUUUUCUUGGGGACAAUUUUAGUAAUUUAGUUAAUCUUGAUAAACUUAUUACAGAUACAAAAAGUACAAAUCCAUUUGGUUCAACAGCGCCACGUGCACCAAAUCCAUUUGCCAAUACAAUCAAACCACCAACACUUGAUCAACUAAGUUCAUCAACUAAUGUUGGUUUUACAACUGGCUCAACAUUACCACCACCGCUCAUUCCUUCAACUUUGAAUACAAACACAGCAUCAAUCAACUCAAGCAAUCCAUUUAUGUGA